UGAAAGGUUACACAAGAUCAUCAACGUAUCUUUAAAUAUGCCCAAGAAUCAAGAGGAAUGGUUACAAAUUGCUGAAGGUUUUGAAAAGCGAUGGAAUUUUUCGCAUUGCUUAGGAUCUAUUGACGGAAAACACUGUAUUUUGCAAGCUCCAGCCAACAGUGGAAGUGACUACUUCAAUUAUAAGUCGACUUUUAGUAUUGUGUUACUUGCACUUGUGGAUUAUGAUUACAAUUUUUUAUUCGCUGAUGUAGGCUGUCAAGGCCGCAUCUCAGACGGAGGAGUGUUUGCUCAUACAUCUUUUUGUAAAAAAUUGUAUGCAGGAACUCUAAAAUUACCGGAAGAAUCUAUUUUACCUGGAAGGACAGAAAACAUGGAAAAUGCAUUUGGCAUCCUCUCUUCUGUCUUUAGAGUUCUCAGAAAACCGAUACUUUUGAAAGAAGACAACGCGGCAUUGGUGGUUUUAAGUUGUGUAUACCUACACAAUUUUUUGAGAAGGAGCAAAACAUCGCGAAAUAUAUACACUCCAACAGGAAGUUUUGAUAUCGAACCUAAUACGCGGUACUUAAGUACCACUAACCUGUCCGAAGAACAUGGAGCCAACCCAAUUCAAUGGGGCGUCGCUUUGGUCUUACCUAGAACAAAGAGAAGACAAUUAUUAAUAGAUAGGCUGAACACAGCAUCAACGCCGCGUUUCGUAACAACAAGCUGUUAUGUUGAAAUUCACACCAAGCCAGCUAGACUAGACCGGACCGGUCACAAGGAUCUGUACAGCAGGAUUCCGUGA